CACACUUUUGGUCAUUGACAUAAUAGUAUAUCCAAGAUGGCGGAACGGGGGUCUGAAUGCUUACAAGGAAUAGACCUGCUUCAAAAUUUUCAGGAGCAGGAUAUAAGUGAGAGAUUGAAGCGGCUUUACCCGGCUGUUAACGAAGAUGACACCCCUCUGCCUCGUUCGUGGAGUCCUAGAGACAAAUAUAAUUACAUCGGUCUGUCACAGAACAACCUCCGGGUGCAUUACAAAGGUCAUGGAAAAAACCAUAAAGAUGCAGCCUCUGUGCGAGCCACGCAUCCCAUCCCAGCUGCGUGUGGUAUCUAUUAUUUUGAGGUGAAGAUUGUUAGCAAGGGGCGUGAUGGAUACAUGGGAAUUGGACUUUCAGCCCAGGGUGUCAAUAUGAACAGAUUGCCAGGUUGGGAUAAACAUUCGUAUGGCUACCAUGGAGAUGAUGGCCAUUCGUUUUGCUCUUCUGGGACAGGACAACCCUAUGGACCCACAUUUACCACAGGGGAUGUAAUCGGCUGUUGUGUCAACCUCAUCAACAACACUUGUUUUUACACUAAGAAUGGACAUAGUCUUGGUAUUGCUUUCACAGACCUACCUUCCAACCUUUACCCUACUGUGGGUCUUCAGACUCCAGGAGAAAUUGUGGAUGCAAACUUUGGUCAGCACCCCUUUGUUUUCGACAUUGAAGACUACAUGAGAGAGUGGAGAGCUAAAAUCCAGAGCACCGUCAAACAAUACCCAAUAGGUGAUCGCCUGGGGGAAUGGCAGGCAAUGCUACAAAAUAUGGUAUCUUCCUAUCUGGUUCAUUAUGGCUAUUGUGCUACGGCUGUUGCCUUUGCUAGAGUGACUGAAACAAAAAUCGCAGAGGAACAGAGUGCCAUUAAGAACCGACAAAGAAUACAGAAGCUGGUUCUAGCAGGCAGAGUGGGUGAAGCUAUUGAAGCGACACAUCAGUUGUAUCCUGGACUCCUAGAACACAACCCUAAUCUUCUCUUCAUGUUAAAGUGUCGUCAAUUUGUAGAGAUGGUGAAUGGGUCAGACAGUGAGGUCCGGUGCUUCAAUUUGAAAAGCCCUAAGUCCCAUGGCAGUUAUCCUGACUCGCCAAAUCUCAGUCCUAGGCAGGGAGCUAAUAACCUACAUUCGCACAUCAUAGGCAGUCUGACUUGCAGCAAUGGUGUGGCCUCAAUGAAGCGCAAACAGUGUCAUAAUAAAUAUGUAUCCCUGAGCUCAUCAUCAUCUUCCUCCUCCUCAUCCUCCCCUUCAUCUGUAAACCUUUCUGAAACAAAUUCUACAGAUUCCACCAAAUCGCAGCAGCACAGUAGCUCAAGUAAUCAAGACAGCAGUGAUAGUGAUAUGGAAAUGGAGGCAGAACACUAUCCAAAUGGCGUACUUGAGAAUAUAACCAGUAGAGUAAUGAAUGGCACAUACAAGCAUGAGGAAAUCCUGCAGACUGAUGAAUCCAGCAUGGAGGAUGAAUGUGCACAAAGGCAGCUUUGUGGGGGUAACCAGGCAGCCACAGAAAGAAUGAUCCAUUUCGGACGGGAGCUACAAACUCUGAGUGAACAUUUGUGCCACCAGUAUGGCAAGAACGCCUCACACAAGAAGAUGCUACAGGAUGCUUUUAGUUUGUUGGCCUAUUCAGAUCCUUGGAGCUGUCCUGUUGGCCAGCAGUUGGACCCCAUACAAAGAGAGCCUGUUUGUGCAGCAUUAAAUAGUGCAAUAUUAGAAUCCCAGAACCUACCAAAGCAGCCUCCUCUAAUGCUGGCACUUGGCCAAGCCUCUGAAUGUUUGAGACUCAUGGCACGCAUAGGUUUGGGCUCCUGUUCCUUUGCCAGAGUGGAUGAUUAUUUGCACUAACUACAAUUAGAAUAUAUUUUUUUCUUCUUCUACUGGUCACCUUGUUUUCUUUUCAACUACCAAAUUGUAUACAUGAGAUAUGUCAUAACACCAUAAUCUAAGCAUCCAAUAUUAUAUAAUUGUGUCACCAGAGAGUAUGCUGUGCAAAUUAUUAAUAAUUUCAUGUCACAUCUCUG